GGCAAUGAAUUUUCUUCUUCCAUAACAGCCUCCUCCAUCUGCCCUAUGCUUUCAAUAAACUCCUCUAAUGCCCAUUUCAUUUCCUCAGUCCCUACAGAUUUUGGCAAACGGGUGUACCAAGGAGUGCGGGUGAAACACACAGUCAAGGACCUUCUUGCUGAGAAACGAUCCAGGCAGAGCAGUGGCUCCCACUUCAGUGGCAGCAUCAGCACACCACAGUCAUCAUUUGUCCAAAUGCCAGGCUCACCUACCAUGGCUGGUUACUAUGGAGUCAGGAGAUCCUUCACCACAGAGUUGGAUUUCCACAACACAAAGCAGUUUGUCAGUGAUGUCUACUCAUCCCCUUUAGGGUCCAGGCCCUUCUCAAGUGAUUCGUCUGCUACUCAGGGAUUCCCAGCACUUCUGGACCCGUAUCUCACAGACCAGUAUGGGGAUUACCGUGCUACUCCCCUCACAGCUGGUACCAGCUCCUUCUUCAGCCCUUCUGUGCCCCCUCUCCUGCCAUCUUUACCUAACGACACAACACACUUCCUACUAAGAGAGCCCUGGGAGCAGACUUCACCCGACAGUCUCAGCCAGAUGGAUGGUGCAUGCUCAGACCCUCUGCAGGCACUGCCUGCCAGUGCCAGCUGCCUCUCCUCACACGAAUCGGGAAGCAUUUCCCCAUACCGAAGCUCAGGUUGGACCGCAGCCAUCCCUGGAGCCCAGCCCUACCCUUUGCACCCUCUUGAAGAUGUCCACUACUCCCCCAGCUAUGCUUCCACCUCAACCUACACCUUCUCACCAUUCAUGACUGUGGCAAAUGAGCUUACCUCCAGGAUGAGCCACCUCUCAACAGAGCAGUCCUCAGAGACAUCACCUCUGCAUGAUAACUCUGCCUGGGCAAAAGAGGAUGGAAGUCCCAUCUGGGGGACUUAUGAAGGCAGGAGAACUUAUUGAUGAGGGUUAAGAGCUGGAGGAAAAGAAGAACAGACCGUUAUUGAAGCAAAUUAAUUACUUGUGUGCUCUCUCCUAAAGAUGGUCCUUUAAACAGAGGAUGCUAACACCGUACAGU